AUGACCAAAGUGGCUCUUGUUCAAAACAAAGAAUUCAAGGGUUGUCUCACUCUACUACAGAUAUGGUCUUGGGAGAGAUUGCAUUUGGGUUGCCCAGAUUUGAGAGAGGCACGUGCUCUCGAUGGCCAUAUUCCGUUAGGCUGCAGAUGGAAUGUAUCUAGAUCAUGGCAUACCUCACCAAAGGGCCAUGAAAACUUCUAUAGGAACGAGCUCGAUCAAAUGGAGGACGAACAGGUCAAGUGGAUGCCAUAUGAACAAGUUUUAGAGUCACUACCAGAUAUAUGCACAGAAGAGCCGGAUGUGUGGCGUGCUCGCGUCCCGAUCAUAUGUUUUGAGAUUGUCGAGAUGCACGUGCCCGACCGUGUGCUACGACAAUUUGGGCUACGACAACAUAUCCCGGUCCCUGUGGAGGUAAUAGAGAGAAAUCCCAGAAAAGGUGCACAUCGUCAAGAUUGGGAACAUAUUCACAGUGCUUACAUCGGGAGGUGGGAUAACAGGGAAGAACAGUUGGUGAUGGAGAGGGUUGACGCACCUGACCUAGGUGUGUAUUUGCGGUGGUAUUGGGGGAUUACUCGCCGGUGGAUAUUUCAGGAGAACAAAGCCCCUAAGGAAUACAUACCAAGAGGCCCAGUUGAGAGAGAGUUGGUACAAGAGCUCGAAGAACUUUCUACUAUGGCGCAUGAUGCAAUCCGAACAACUACCGAGCCAGGGCCGAGGAACACGUUCCUUCGCAUGAUCAAAAAGAUUCGGUCCGCUCUUCAAAGGACGCGUAAUGCAAGACGAGAUGAACGUGAGGAGCGAGACCAAUUGAGUACGAUCGUCGUCGAUUCCGAGGACACAGGGGCAGGCUCAAGCGGUGCACAUGAUGAAGCUGGGGCUCACAACAGGCUCAAGCCGGAUGUUCACAGUCGGUUCGAGUCGAUGAGGAUGUCAUGCACUCCCAACUUCACACACAACCGGACGAGGAACUGA